UCCGACAUUCUGCACAUUUUCUCAUCGAUUACAUAUUUGAUCUCAAAAAGGUGUUCUGUUCUUAAAACUAUAAUAUGUUAUGAGCAGAGUGGACUAAGUUUUGUAGACGUUACCCUUUGCCAAAUAAAAAUAAAUCGCGUUGUUUAGAAGGAGUGCAAAGGCGUAUGUCGGUAUUGUACACGCGCACUGCACGGAGUAGGCGUUUCCGAACGAAACAUGCAAAUACUUGCUAGAACUUACCAAUAGGAUCUCGCUAGCUUUAGCUUGGCACUGCCCACCUCCUUGCUUGUUCUGCCCACUAUGACUCAUUUGUCCCCAUUGGAAACAAUAGGCGGUGGUCUAUCUUGGGUUAAUUAUAACAUCUUUGCGGAUUCAACGACUGUCGUUGUCUCGUAAACUACAACAUCCAUCGGGCACCGGUGGAUGACAACAGGUUCUACUACCCUUUAAUAUUUUGUAUUUAACAGCAAAGUAAACAUCUUUCUGUUCGUUCUUGACAUAGUAUCUAUAAAGUCAGGAACAAGUUUGUGGAGUUAGCUAGCUAACGUUUCUAAAAUCCACCAACUCUGAAGAAAGCACGAAAUCAACGGUUUCCAUGGCGAGCGAUUAAGCUUCCCUAACGUUAUAACGUUAGUAGUUACUUGUAGCUGCAGGCGCUUGUGGAUUUGCACAUGCUAUCUCACAAGGCUAGAUAGCUAACCAACUGAUAAUGUCAUCUGUAUCUCAAAAUUCCAUACCUAAAAAUAGUGAUUUAUCGAUCCAUAAAUCGUCUGAAUUUUUUGAUGAUGGAUUAUUGCACGAGAUUCCAACAACAACAAGUACAAAUGACACCAGUACUGUCCCUAAAAGGUACAAGAAUCUGGAUGAGUUGAGUGAGGAGCUCAACAGACGAACCAAGGAGACCCAAAUGCUGCAAGAAGAGGUGGAACAUGCAACUAAAAUUACCAUGGAGAAAAUGGGACGCACAUUUCCCAGCAGCUCGCCCUCACAAAUAAAUUACUUUCCCAUUUUUAUGGAUGGUUCAUCGGAGGAGAACUCAGAAGUGCUGUCUCCAUACCGACAGUCUUUGAUCCAGCCUCUUACAUAUGACCAUGAUGGCCUGGAUCUGAUGGUGGUCAGAAGUGGUGUAACCUUCCCCGGGAAAGAUGUUUUGGAAAAUGUAAUAGAGGACUACUCUCAGCAGGUGUCGGAGCUCCAAAAGCAGCUGAGUGAGAUGUGUGCUUUUCAUGAACAGCAGAAGUUCAAAUUGCGUCAGUCCAUCAUCAAGCUGCAGACAAAGUUGCACGAGGUCCAGACUGAGAAAGAUGCCCUGACUGAUCUAAGAAUGAAAGAGAGCAGAAAACAGGCAGAUGUAAUGGGGAAAAUGCAUGCAAUAAUCAGAGCGCUGCAAAUCAAUAAACAGACAGGGGACCAGAGGCUACUGGAGGCUGAGGAGGAAGCAAAGUCACAAAGCAGUAAAGCAGAGUCAAUGGAGCGAACACUACAGGAGGUUCACUCCACACUGUUGGCUUAUGAGAAACGGUGUAGAAACUAUUUGUACUCCAGCCAUGACGCACUGGGAGAUGCGGUGCAGAAAGUAUUACAGGACUUGGAGCAUGAGAAUCACAAUCUGAGAGAAAGAUUCCUGCUGGUGGAAGAGCAGAUGGAGACUCAAGAACAGAAAUGCCAAGAUAAAGCAGAGAUACGGUUGAAGGAGCAAAGGGAAAGACUGGAGCAGCUUAUUACCAGUCAUGACCAGGAGGUGGCGAUAUUGACUGAGAAAUUGAGCAGCUCCAGAAGCAGUGCCUCCAGUUUGUCUGUCCAGGUGGAAUUGCUACAAAAACAAGGUGAGAGUCAGGCUUCAGUGCACCAGUGUCAGGUCAAGGACUUGGAGUCAGCUUUCUCCAUCCUGCGCUCAGAUCUACUGGAUGGCCAGCGGAUCCAUGAAGACAAGGUGAGUGCUCUGGAGAAGCAGUUGGCUGAGGCCCAGUCCCAGGUGGAGGAGGCCCAGAGAGGGAGAGACGGAUCUCUCCAGCAGGCAGAGGAGCUGGACUCUCAGCUCUGCCAGCUCACGUCAGAGCUCCGGCAGGUCCGUGAGGAGUUGGCCCUUGAGAAGGAGGAGACCAAACAGCUGCGGGAGCGGGACACGGGCCACAGUGUGACCAGCGACGGGCUGCGCAGGGAGCUGGAGGAGCGACGCCUGGGGGUGCAGCAGCUGGAGGUUCUGGUGGGAUCUCUCAAAGACGACUGCCAGGCACAGAUGGAGGCUCAGUUGUUGGGCGAGAAGCAUCAAUCGGAGCAGCAGGAGGAGCUGGCUGUGCUGCGAGGGGAGCUGAAACUGACCACAGACCAGCUAAACAGGGCCAGGGACGAGGAGCUGAGACUGCAGGCCCUACAGGGGGACCGGGAUGAGGCGCUGAAGAGGGUCCAGGCGCUGCUGGAGGAGCGGGACAGGGAGCUGCAGCUGAGGCAACAGGAGGCGCAGCAGGGCCGGGCCAGGCUGGAGGAGGCCCAGGGCCACUGCCAGGCCCUCAGGGCAGAGACUGAGGUGCUGAGGCUCAAGCUGGAGGACCGGGAGAAGAUGGUGAACCUGCUGCGGCUGCAGCUGGAGAGCACCACCCAGAUGACCGUACAGCAUGGACGUAGCAUUGACUCCCUGCAUGACGAGAAGAGCCGCCUCAGCAACCAGCUCAGUGAGCACAAGCUGGAGAUCCAACAGCUAAGGACAGACUUGGAGCAGCGUGAGGAGUGUUUGGCAGUGCUGGAGAAGGAGAGGCGAGUGCAGCAGGCUGGCCUGUCCGAACAGAGCCACUGUGACAAGGAGCUAAAGCUGGAGAAACAGAAGCUCACCGCUGAGCUAGAGAUACAACGCAUGCAACUGGUCACCCUCACAGAGGAGCAUGAGGAGUUGAAGAGGCUCCACAGCAGUAAGAGUGAGGAGCAGGAGGGUGUGGUGGUGAGUCUCAAAGCCCAGCUGAAGACCACCCGGGCUGAGAUAGACCAGGCCAGGAGGACCCUAGAGGGGGUGGACGGACACGGCCUGAAGGUUGCCAUGGGAAUGCAGAAGCAGAUAAAAACUAAGCGAGACCAGAUUCACUCUCUCCAGGGCCGAAUCCAACUACUGGAGGAAACCAUGGACAAACUGAGCCAGGAAAAGCAUUACCAGAGUCUGGAGAGUAAGCGUCAGGUCCAGGAGCUGGCCUCAGUCACAGAGGAGAAGAGACAGAUGGCAACUGAGUUGGAGACCGUCCGUUCCCUGGAGAGACUGCUCAGGGAGAAAGUGGCCAAACUGGAGGCGACCCUACACAAGAUGUCUGGGAGUGUUAUUGACUGUCAAGACUUCAUCCAGUUGCAAGAGCAGGCGUUUGUGCGGCUGAAGCUGCAGCAUGCUCAGCAGGAGCUGCAGGGUCAAAACCUGCGAGACACAGGGAAUGCUCAGCGUUCUUCCCCUACAAGCCCAACAGCCUGGAAUGCACUAACCUCAACCCAGCACUGCUCUAACUGCCUGCUAGAGUUGAAGUCGCAGCGGCUGCUGGAAAGCCCCACUAUGGAGCUGCGUUCUCUAGUCAAAGAGCUGCGACGUGUGAUUUCUGAGAACCCCGGACCACACACCAGCAUUAUCAAAAGGACCUCUGCUCCAGAGAGAGUGCACAGGACCACCCUCAAUGAAGUCACCAAUUGUUUUACAAACGAUGCCAAAACGACAAAGGGGACCUACAGCAGUGGUGUGCCUCACCUCCUUAGGACAACUGAUCUGGAUGAGCGGAAUUUAAACAGCACCUUCUCAAGCGAGAGCCGGGACUUCUCUUUUGUUGCAUCUCUGCCUUGCUACACAUCGUCACCUCGAGCCAUGGCACUGGGCCACACGUCCCCUGUACACUCACUCCUGACUACUGACCACAGCCCCACGCAUCUACAACCGAGCAGGCCUCUGCCUCAGGCAGAAAGCCCUCUUGCAGACAUGUGCACAUUGGCCAAUCCGCAGGCUGAGUUGACAGGACGAACAUGCAAGCACUUGCAAGGAAAACUGGACAGCCUUCAAAACAUGGUGGAUGACUUGCAGAUGAAGAACCAAGACAUGUCCUCUAUGAUAAAGGGUCAGGAGAGGAGGUUGAUGUUCAAAGACAAAGGGAGGCUUUAUAACAAGCAAGGCUCUGGGUGAAUGUCUACAUGUGUAACAAAAAUAAACUUGUAUUUAAAUGAAGGCA